AUGGACCUCGUUAGUCUUCAGUUGGGCACCAGCAACCUAUGGAGCUGUCUCGUGACUCUGCUCAGCAAGCACUCAGAAUGGCUCAAUGCCAAGGUGAAGUUCUUCCUCCCCAGCAUGGACCUGGGCUCCAGCAACAAGGCCCCGGACCCUGAACAGAGGGUCAUCCAACAGCUCUGCAGACUCCAUGCCCGAGGUUUGGAGACCUGGGAGGCAUUCAUCCACUGUGUGUGUAUGGAGCUGGAGGUGCCGCUGGAGCUGGAGGUGCCACUGCUGAGUGUCUGGGGCCACAUAGACGGGUUUUCCAGCGAACUCGGUGCUGUUGAGGAAAGUUGCCCGGGAUCUCAGCCCCACCAUGACCUCAAGCGGCCCCAUCAGAGCUGUGGGUCCUCACCCCGUAGGAAGCAGUGUAAGAUGCAGCAGCUGGAGUUGGCCAGGCAGUACCUGCAGUUUCUGAGGACCUCCACCCAGCAGCGCUAUGACAGUGAACCCACCAAGUCAGCACCGCCCCUGUCCUUCCACGUCAACCCAAUCCUGCAGAGGAGUGGGGUCACGGCACCCUUAGACGUGCACGAGGAAGCUGCUACGGGGGCUGCCAAGGCAGACGAUGACAUCUGGGACCUCUUCAACACCAAGGCAGAGAAGAGCCGCAGAGUCGUCAUGGUCCUGGGGACGGCGGGCAUGGGCAAGACCACCCUGGCACACAGGCUCUGCCAGCAGUGGGCCGACGGCCAGCUGGACCACUUCGAGGCCGUGUUUCUCUUCGAGUUCCGCCAGCUGAACCUGAUCACAGAUCUCCUGACCCUGCCGCAGCUCCUCUUCGAUGUCCACCUGAGCCCCAGGUCAGGAGCCGAUGCCGUCUUCCAGUACCUGGAGGAGAAUGCUCACCGUGUCCUGUUUAUCUUUGAUGGACUGGACGAGGCCCUCUUGUCUUGCUCCACAAGAAAGAAGCCCAAAGACCUUGACGCCCCAAGCCUGCCUUUCGACCUCUUCUCCGGCCUUUGUGACGGGACCCUUCUCCCUGGCUGCUGGGUGAUGGCCACGUCCCGUCCAGGGAAACUGCCCUCCUGCCUGCCCGUGGAUGCAGUCAGGGUGCUUAUGUGGGGUUUCGACAAGCUGAGGGUGGAGGAGUACGUGCGCUGCUUCUUCAGGGACGAGUCAUUGCAGGCAGCGGCCCUGGCAGAAGUGCGGGCAUCCGGGCACCUCGGGAGCAUGUGUGCCGUGCCUGCCCUGUGCCGGGUGGCCUGCCUCUGCCUCCAACAGUUGCUUCCUGAAGCCUCCUCGGGCCGGGCUGCUGCGCUCCUGCCCACUGUUACACAGCUCUAUGUGCAGAUGGUGCUUCCCCUCAGCCAACACAGUUGCUUCCUGGGCCUUGGGGAGGUGGCUUUGAGGGGCCUAGAAUCCGGGAAAGUCAUCUUCUAUGUGAAAGACAUCCCUCCAGCUGUGAUGGCCUUUGGGGCUGCCCACAACCUCCUGACAUCCUUCUGGAUCCACAGAGGCCCUGGACACCAGGAGACAGGCUAUGCCUUUGCCCAUCUGAGCCUCCAGGAGUUCUUUGCCGCUCUGCAGCUUCUGGCCAGCCCCAAAGUGGACAGAAAAAAACUCUCCCAUUAUAUCACCCUCCAUUCCCACUGGGUGCUUCGGACCAAUUCUAGAUUGAGCCUCUUAGAUCACCUACCCACCUUUUUAGCAGGCCUGGCGUCCCACACCUGUCGCCCCUUCCUCAGCCGCCUGGCACAGCAGGCUGAGAGCUGGGUGGGCGCCAGACAGGCGGCUGUCGUCCAGGCCUUAGGGAAGCUGGCUGCCCGCAGGCUCAGGGGACCAAAGGUUAUAAAGCUGUGUCAUUGUGUGUGUGAGACGGAGGAGAAAGAGUUAGCCCAGCUCACUGCUCAAAGACUCGACCACAGACUGUCUUUCUACAAUUUUCCCCUGACCUACGUUGACCUGGCUGCUCUGGCCAAGAUCCUGGGCUUCCGGGAUGCCCCCAUCCACCUGGACUUUGAUGGUUGCCCUCUGGAGCCUCACUGCCCAGAGGCCCUACUGGACUGUGGGCAGGUGGAGAAUCUCAGUUUUAAGAGCAGGAAGUGUGGGGACGCCUUUGCAGAAGCCCUCUCCAGGACCUUGCCGACGAUGAAGGGUCUGCAGAAGCUGGGGUUAACAGGAAGUAAGAUAACCGCCAAAGGCCUCAGCCAUCUGGUACAAGUUGUGGCACUCUGUCCACAGCUGGAGGAGAUCAGUUUGCAGAACAACCAGCUCAAGGACCAGGAGGUGCUGAGUGUCAUGAGUGUGCUCCCUCACCUGCAGAGGCUCCAGGAACUGAACCUGAGCCACAACAUCAUCUCUGUAUCAACCCUACUCAGCUUAGUAAAGACGGCAGUUCUAUGCCCGACCAUCAGGAUGCUGCAGGCCAGGGACGAGGAGCUCGUCUUCUUUCUCUCCCCAUACACAGAGACAACUGCUGAGCGACAAGGAGCCUCCAACCUGCAGGAAAAUGCCAGUCAGAGAGAAGAGGCACAGAUUAGACUCUUGACACUCAGGCUCCGAGAGUGUCACCUCCAAGUUCAGGACGUGGAGACGCUCGUAGCCCUGCUCCAAGGUGGCCCUUACCUGCAGGAAGUAGACCUCGCAGGGAACAAGUUGGAAGAUGAAGGCUGUCGAUUGAUGGUAGAAGCUGCCGCCCAGCUGCACAUCAUUCAGAAACUGGACCUCAGCGACAACAGGCUCUCUACGUCAGGCGUGUGCUCUGUGCUGAGCGCUGCGAGGACCUGCUCAGCCCUGGCAGACCUGCACAUCAGCCUCCUGGACAAAACGGCUAUACUCACAUUCGCCCAGGGGCUGGAGGAGGAGGAGGGGACCCAGAAGAGGGCUACAUUUCUGGACAGCAUCCUUCCACAGAUGCCCUCAGAGCUGCCCUUGAACUCCAUAAGGAUCAGGCUGACACACUGUGGCUUUGAAGCUAAGCACGUAGAGCAGCUCUGCAAAGCACUGGGAGGAAGUGGCCACCUGGGUCGCCUCUGUGAGCUUGACUUAUCAGGCAAUGCUCUGGGGGAUGAAGGUGUCACCCUGUUGGCGCAGCUGCUGCCAGGACUGGGCACUUUGCAGUCCUUGAAACUCAGUGAGAAUGGCUUAUCCCUGAAUGCCGUGUUCAGUUUGAUCCAGCUUUUCUCGACUUCGCAGUGGAUUUUUCAUUUGGACAUCAGCUUAAAGAGCCAGAGCUUCCUCCUGAGAGGGACCAGAAGGCACAGGGAUGCAUUGGCUGGUGGAGCUUUGCCGGACUGCCCAGCUGGAGCCCAGGUUUUAGGGUUCAGUCAGUGCUGCAUCCCCAAGAGUUUUUGCCUCAAGGAAUGUCAGCUGGAGCCUCCGACCCUCACCCGUCUCUGUGGCGCCCUGGAGAAGUGCCCGGGGCCUCUGGAAGUGGAGUUGUCCUGUGAGGUCCUGAGCGACCAGAGCCUGGAGAGCCUUCUGCACUGGUCCCUCCAGCUCCCCCAGCUGACCCUGCUGCAGCUGAGUGAGACUGCACUGUCCUCAAGAAGCCCCCUGAUCCUGGCCAAAAUCUUCAGCUUGUGCCCACGUGUUCAGAAGGUGGAGCUGAGGUCCCUGCAUUGCUUAUCCCUGCACUUCCGGUCCAGCGAUGAGCCGGAAGGUGUGUUCUGUGGCAGGUUCCCAGGCUGCCACCUCCUGCAGGAGCAUGUGGAACCCCUGUGCUGGCUGCUGAAGGAGUGUGCACCCAUCCAUCACCUGGACCUCUCGGCAAACCUGCUGGGUGAUGAUGGUCUCAGGAGUCUCCUGGAAUUACUGCCUCAGGUGUCCGUCUCUGGUUCGCUUCAUCUGAGCCACAACAGCAUCUCUCUGGAAGGUGUCCUGUACCUGGUGGAGGCCCUUCCUGCCUGCCCACGUAUCCGAGAGGCCUCAGUGAACUUGAACUCCAAGCAGAGCUUUUGGAUUCACUUCUCCAGGAGCGAGGAGGCUGAGAAGACACUGUGGCUGAGUGAGUGCACCUUCAGUCCAGAGCAUAUACUCAGACUGGCCACUGGUGUAAGCCAGGCCCUGCAGCUGACGGAGCUCAUACUGACUCGGUGUGGCCUGGACCUGGAGCAGCUGACCAUCCUCCUGAGCCUGUUGAGGCGGCCAGCAGGGCGGCUUGACCUCAGGGUAGAGGAGCCAUGGGUGGACAGAGUUGGGGUGCUCACACUGCUAACAACCAGUGCCCAGACCUCAGGCAACAUCACUGAAAUAAGCAUCUCAGAGACCCAGCAGAAGCUCUGUGUCCAGCUGGAAUUUCCUUGUCUGGAGGAGAACCCAGAAGCUGUGGCCUUCAGGCUGGCUCACUGUGACAUUGGGACACACCAAAACCUUCUUGUCACAAAGCUGAUGAAGACGUGUGCCAGGCUGCGAAAGCUCAGCUUGUCCCAGGUUAACCUCUGCAGCGCCAGCUCCCAGCUGCUCCAGCACCUCCUGCUGUCCCUGUCGGAGCUGAAGAAGUUCUGGCUGACCUUCAGUCGUGUGAACAUUGAGAGCCUCCAUCACCUGGCAUCUGGCCUAAGCAGCUGUCACCACCUUGAGGAGUUGGACUUGUCUAACAAUCAGUUUGAUGAAGAGGGUACCAAGGAGCUGGUGGGGAUCCUCGUGGGGAAAUGCAAGCUGAAGAAGCUGGAUCUGAGCAGGAAUGGCAUUGGUGACAACAGCUGCCAUCGCCUUUCUGAAGCCCUCAGAGGUGCCACCAGCUUGGAGGAACUGGGCUUGAGCCAUAACAAGAUUGGAGAUGCUGGAGCUCAGAACUUAGCCAUCCUCCUGCCGGAACUGCCUGAACUCAGGAAGCUAGACCUCACAGCAAACAGCAUAGGCCCGACCGGAGGCGUGCAGCUAGCCGAGUCUCUUAGUCGCUGCAGGCGCCUGGAGGAGCUCAGGCUAGGACGAAACGCCUUGAGGGAUCCCACCGCCCAGGUGCUGGCUCAACGGCUGCCCCAAAAGCUGAAGGUUCUGUGCCUGCCUUCCAGCCACCUGGGCCCAGAGGGGGCACUGAGUCUUGGCCAGGCCUUGGAUGGGUGUCCACAGGUGGAAGAGAUCAGCUUGGCAGAGAAUGGCCUUUCCAGGGGGCUCCCACGCUUCUCUAAGGUGCUUCCGCUGCUCAGACAACUAGACCUGACAUCGUGUAAGAUAGACGACCAGGCCGCCGCACCUCUUGCUGCCAACAUGAUGCUCUGCCCGGCCCUGGAAGAGAUCCUGCUGUCCUGGAAUCUCCUGGGGGACGCAGCAGCUGCUGAACUGGCUCGGGUCCUGCCUCGAAUGGGUCACCUGAAGAGAAUGGAUCUGGAGAAGAAUCAGAUCACAGCCUGUGGAGCCUGGCUCCUGGCCGAAGGGCUGGCCCAGAGACCUGGCUACCAAAUCAUCCGCCUCUGGAAUAACCCCAUCCCCUCUCACACGGCCCACCGUCUGCAGACCCAGGAGCCCAGGCUGGUCUUUGACUUCUUUGAAGACUCUCCUCAGGCCCCGCCUCGAGCAGACCGCGCAGACCCCCGCGCCGCUGGGCGCUGGGCGCCCGGAGAAGCCUGGGCGCGCCGCCCGCGGGCGCCAGGCGCGGAGAGCGAGCGGGACAGCGCCCCGCUCCGCCGCGUGCAGAGUGCUCGCCCCUCCAGGAAGCGCGAGCCUCGCCUCCCCAGCCCGCCCCUCCUCGGCCGGAGGGAGGAGCCCGCGCUGUCGCCCGCCCUGAGCCCGCCUCGCGCGUCCCGGGGCCUGGCCGAGCGGAGGAAGUACCUGGGAUGUCGGCGCGAGCCGGGGCGCGGGGAGCGGCGACCGCCUAGUGCGGCCCCGCUGGAGGGGUCCGAGGGGAGCUGGGUGCCCCCUCCAAGGGGCCGUGACGCCGCCCACCUCCCCAAAAUACUGCUCCCCGCGCACGGCCGGACCCGGGCUCUUUGGGGACUCAGCGUGGCCCCGGCCACGAGGGGGCGCUGUGGCGUCGCCGGGCUGCUGCUGGGGAAGCGGCUCCCGCCUGGGCCGAGGCCCGCGGUGCUAGGGACUCGCCUGCGGGCCCCGCCAGCCUGGACGACGGCUGGAGGUCGCAGCCCCCACCGCUAA